AAUAAAAAACAGACAAUUUCUAGAAUCGAAACUAUUGUAUUGAUUUGUUGUAAACUUAAAGUUCGAAUUUAAAUUUUCUUAUUAAUAUUAAAAUAUUUCGUUUUGAAAAUCUUUCAUAAGGACUGUGUUUACAUACUAUUAUAUCAUUUUAAGAUAAUGGAAUCAAUGGUAGUAGAAGAGAUUAAACCUAUAGAAAAACCCGUUGAUAGAGAGAAGACUUGCCCACUGUUAUUGCGGGUUUUUUGUUCAACCGGACGUCAUAAUUCUCCUGGUGACUACGCUAGAGGCAAUGUUCCACAAAAUGAGCUUCAAAUAUACACCUGGAUGGAUGCAACACUUCGUGAACUUACGGGACUUGUCAAAGAAGUUAACCCUGAGACUCGACGUAAAGGAACAUACUUUGACUUUGCAAUAGUAUAUCCUGAUAUGAGAUCACCUACUUAUCGCAUGAGGGAAAUUGGGGUAACAUGCUCAGGACAGAGAGGAGCCGAUGACAACAAAACUCUUUCUCAAGUCAAGUUUCAAAUUGGCUAUUACUUAGACAUAUCAAUUACUCCACCAAAUAGAAUGCCUCCACCUAUGAGACGCCCUCAGCCCUAUAAUAAUAAUCGUGUAUACUAAGUCUGAUAGGUAAAAAACUAGGUAUUAGUGAAUAAAUACUUUAAUACUUCAA